AUGUCUGCCAACAAUGCUCCUGCCGCGACCUCACGUCCACCGAACAAGCCGCUACGGAAAGGUCGCACAACUUCCGCACGGCCAGCGAUGACUUCAUCUCCUCUUGCGCAUCACGUAUAUGCCCCUUCGCAAUUAAACGACCCUUCCCCGCCGGCGACGAGUAGUCCGAGUGCGGGUCCGAACAUGGGAGGAGGAAAUGGCACGCCUCCGUCUGUUGAUCUGCCUCCAUCCCGACAAGCAUCCACGCCAGGCAUGGAUACCCUUGCAGAUUUGGCGUCAAUGCAACAUCAUCAGCCCCAGCGUUCCAAUACCUCCAUUUUGCGGGGCACCGAGUCCUAUGAAAGCCAACUAUCGCCAUCCACCAUGUACCCUCACGUUAACCCGAUCUCUCAUAAUACACCUACUCCCAGAACUUCGUUUGACAUCGCAAUGUCGGAGGGUCCGAGGGAAGGGGCUGCUCGGAGGAAUUAUGCUGACACUUCUUUGCGGCCCGAUGCUCAAAGGAUGGCGACGGAGCUCUUCGCUCAGAUUCAAGACAAUCCGCAUAUUUACGAGGCGCACGUGAAUUUUAUCCGUCUGCUCCACGAGGGCUUUGUCAACCAUGUUUACCCGCCCAAUAAUCCGGAUAUCCACGGCGACCCAAGAAAAUACGAUCUCCUUAGGGAUAUGCGCACUGCCCGGGAGGAGAUGGACAAGCUGUUCGCCAUGGGUGAGGAUCUCUGGGCGGAGUGGAUUCAGGACGAGAGUAUGCUGGCGCAAUCGGUGGAGGAACGCAUCGCGGUGAUGGAACUCUGCCAGCGAUCAAUUGAGGAGGAGUACGGUAGUACCAAGCUAUGGACCAUCUACGGUGAAUGGGUACUAUACCUCUACAACUCCGCAAACGGGGAUACGGGUUCGAACCAAUGGUCCGAGGAGGACAAGCUGGUCGGUCGUGAGGUCUUUACCUGGCAAUCAGUUUUGGAUGUGUGGCAGCGAGGUGCCGAGGCAACCCGAUGGAGGAUUCACGAUAGCCACCUGGUCUGGGAUCGAUUUUUGGACCUGCAAGUCCAGGACCUUUCUCGUCGCCCAUCGCAAGAACGUGCCAGUCAAGUAAAGGGCUUCUUCGAUGCCCGCUUGCAAACCCCACAUGCUACCUGGGACCAGACCUUCCAGGCCUUUUCGGGAUUCGUGUCGACAUACUACAACGCCAACUACGAGGAAAUCAUGGCCGACACGGCGGGUCGACUUGCUACGCCAAUCAAAGAGAAGUACAACGCGCGGGAGCAUCUGGAGAUCAAGUUGCGCAAUGCCGUCGAUGCUGGCGAGUUUGGCCUGGAGUGGGCGGCGUACUCGGAGUACAUUGAAUGGGAAGUGAGCCGACACCGGCGGAAACGCCAGUCGAAUUUCGAUCUUGUGAACGCCAUCUAUCAGCGUGCAGUCCUACGUUUCCCGACCGACUCCAACCUCUGGGAGGACUAUGUCAUGUUCCUCAUCGACCAGAAUACGCACGGUAACGCGAGAGCGACCACAAUAUCGACGCUCGAAAGAGCCACCAGGCAUUGCCCAUGCUCUGGUACCCUUUGGUCGCAGUACCUCCUAAGCUCCGAGCGGGAAGGACAAUCUUUCCAGAAGAUCGCUGACAUCAAACACAAAGCCACAAGUACUGGCUUGCUGGACGCCGGCGGUAUGGAGGAGGUACUGAAAGUCCAUACCGCCUGGUGCAGCUACCUUCGUCGGCGCGCCUUUCUUUCAGAUUCGACCGAUGAGGAUCUGGAUGUUGCCGAGGUUGGCAUCCGAUCCGCCAUCGAAAGUGUACAGGAACUCGGAGAGAAGAAGUACGGUCGCUCAUACCAGGGUGAUCCGCUGUUUCGCCUCGAACGCAUCUAUAUCCGCUACCUGAGUGAAAGCGGCAGCUGGGACAGUGCACGCGAAACCUUCAAGGGGCUGGUCGGUCGCCGUGGCAAUAGUUACGAAUUCUGGCUCACCUACUAUCACUGGGAGCUGAUCUCGUGGAGCAAAUUUGUACAGGGAGAAGCGACGGCGGAUGCGGCUCGGCGGACUCCCAACCCCAGCUUUGCAACUGCCGUGUUGAAACAGGCCAUCAAGCGGACAGACCUAGAUUGGCCCGAGAAGAUCAUGCAGGUCUACGUCGCGCACUGUGAAGAUUACGAGGACUCGGACGAACUCCAACAGGCUAUACUGGAGACCAGGAAAGCCAUGAAGGCCAUCACCGCACGGCGAGAAAAGGAAGCUGCGGCCGCGUUGCAGCAACAGCAGGCGGUGGCGGCCGAUCUUGCAUCUCAAGCAGAGAAGCGUAAGCGCGAGGAUGACACUGGAGUAAACGGCUAUCCCAGCAGUAAAAAGGCCCGUGCCGAGGAGCCAGCACCAGCACCAGCACCAGCACCCCCUGCGCCGCAACCCGAGCCUGUCGCACUCCGGCGCGACCGCGAAAAUGCCACAGUAGUUGUCAAGAAUUUGCCUCACCAUAUUACGGAACACCGUGUCCGACAGUUCUUCCGUCAUUGCGGGACAAUCAAAGGCUUGAAGAUGCUGCCAGGCGACGAUGGAAACUCUGAGACCGCCAUCAUUGAGUUUGAAACAAGAGAGGAAGCUCUCGUGGCUCAGACGCGUGAUCAGAAGUUGCUUGACGAUAACGCUAUUGAGGUUCAUCUUGGCUCCGGAUCCACAUUGUUCGUGACGAACUUUCCAUCGACCGCUGAUGAAAGUUAUAUCCGAAAUCUGUUCCGCGAGUAUGGCGAGAUUGUCGAUAUACGCUUCCCAUCUCUCAAAUACAACACUCAUCGACGAUUCUGUUACGUGCAGUUCAAAUCCUCUGGGGAUGCCCAUAACGCGACCACGCUCAAUGGCACCCGGGUUGGAAGCGACCUCAAUCUGGUAGUCAAGAUCUCAGAUCCUACGCGUAGAGAGGACCGUCAUGGACCUGUUUACGAAGGACGGGAGAUUCACAUUUCCAACAUUGACUGGAAAGCCAAUGAGGGUGACCUCAAGGAAGUGUUCCAAAAGUAUGGCACCAUCGAGACGGUGCGGAUUCCAAGAAAGGUCGAUGGUGGCAGUAAAGGGUUUGGCUAUAUUGUCUUCUCCACCAAAGAGGAGGCAGAAGCCGCCCUUGCUAUGCAUGAACAAGAAUUCCGCUCGCGCCCGCUACAGGUCCGAAUCUCGACCCCCCAGGGUGCUAAACGAACUGCAACCACUAUCGUGAACCGCGUCCAAUCCCCUGCAGCUGAGGCGAAUGGGACCAAAGCGCCAUCAGUCGAGCCUGAAGGCACAGCCAAGGAGCGCUCGGCGCGGACCUUGGGGCUCAUGAACGUUCCCGACACGGUGAAUGAUGCGCGGAUCCGUGCAAUGGUUGAACCUUAUGGACCGCUCAUCAAAAUCGUCCUGCGCCCUGAUCAUCAAGGGGCUAUUGUCGAAUUUGCGGAUGUUAACCAUGCCGGCAAGGCUUCGCUCGAACUCGAAGGACAGGAAAUUGCUCCGGGUCGAAAAUUGCAUGUGGGCACGGUCUCGGAACUGCUGAAGCAGUCGGCGGAGAAGAAGGGGGGACCCGGUCAGGCGACAAAGUCAAAGGACAAGGCCACAUUCCUCCAGCCGACCGGACCGAUCAAGCGUCCUGUGCAACCCGGUCAGCGCGGUGGCCGAAGAGGUGGAUUGGGGGUGAAGCGGGUCAGCAUUUCUUCGACAGCCUCGCAGGCGGGCAGCACGAAAGCCGAAGAAGGCGCCAAAAGCGCGACGACGAUGACGACCACGAAUGUGACGACAGAAAGCGGCGCUCACCCAGUUGGCGGUGAGAAGACGAGGAAGAGUAAUGAUGAUUUCCGUGCCAUGAUCCAGCGGAAUCGAGGCGAAUGA